AUGGUGAUGGCACGAGACUCUAACGGCGCGAUGAACCCAUUCGCGAUGCCCUUCAUUCCACUUGCUUCUCCUCAACCGAGCUUUGCUCUGCGGCGCACCAGAAAAACUCGCUCAACUGUGCGGGCCGAGGGACAUGAAAGGGGAGAUGCUCUGUCAUCUCGAGGCCAGGUAAUGUCGACUGAAUUAGGGCAGGAGGCUCAUGGCACCCUUUUUGCUCAUUGUUUCGCCUCAUUGAUCACGCAGACCGGGUGCAAGGUUUCACAAGUUCAUGUGGUUGCUAAUAACGUCGAUACCGCCACUUUGUCUCAGUCCAGUGUUGAAGCCUUAGAGAAGGCUUCUUAUGGCCCAGAGAGUGGUCAAGAAAAGAAACACGACAGCCCUGCUGCUAGCAACAGUAUCAUCAAGCGCUCGGGUCCAAACACUGGCAACGAACUAGCCUCGGGGCUUCCUGAGACUAAUGUCCUUCAGACGUAUCACCUAUCUGGCGAAAAGAUUGCACCAGGCGUAAAUGACGGUGCUGUCCCGGGCAAUGGUCCCCAGCUCACUUCCAUGGAGGUUGUGCCAGCACCGGAACUGAGACCACCGGGCGAAUACCCGCACUUCAUAUACCCAGGUGUCCCUCCGCUGCCACAUGGUAGUAGCUAUCCCAUUUAUCCGCAUCCUCCGGUGUUACCUGUGUUGCCAUCACCGCCACCGCCGCCAGGACCUUGCAUUCCAUUGCUUCAGGUGAUUCCCUGCCACAUCACGGAUGUCUCAACAGGUCAGCCGUUGCCGGAUAUAUAUACUUUUGCUCUCCAAGUAACCUAUCAGCCACUACCAAACUCCGUUAUGCCAAAUCCUAGCUUCCAGGCUCAGGACCAGAACCCAAGUCCUCUUCAAGAGGAGAUGAAUAUCAUAACUCAUGGAUGCCCAGCGCAUCGACCUAAUCAUCCAAGAUUGCUGACACAGGCAGUAAACGUACCAGAGAGCAUUGAUCAAGUGCAGAUUCGCUCAUUGAGCGGCGACGAACCGAGAGUUAUCUUGGAUGAUCGACACCUCGCCGAAAUACCCAGUGACGACGCUUUUAGAGCUGAAGCCAAGCCGCCAACUUUUUGUUGGGACUGCACCGAGGUGGCGGCCUCGCCAUCAGCUGUCGACGGCCCGCAAUCUGGGGAGGAAAAUGAACGGGCUGAACAAAGGUCGCUGCAACACGACUGCCACGUGCUGUUCAGCUCUGAACAUCAUCACAACGCCAUAAAUGAGUCAACCCAGCCAGAUGCCUCGCUUUUCACGAUGCAGCCCUCCACCAAGCCGGCAGCCAAAUACUCGAAAAAGGGUCCAGUCUAUGAUAGACCUAGUCAGAACCAAGUCCCGGCUGAGGUAGCAUCAUGGUCGCAGUCCAAGAGAUGGCUAAGUUCGGAAACCAAGGAGCGCAGGGCAUUUCAGAAGAUGAUGCUCAACCUUCAGUUCAUGAAGGCCGACCAGUCGCCUUUCAUCCCAAAGACUCCUGCGGAAUUGACCAAGUUCAAGAUCUCUCUUGCUGAAGCCAGACAACAGAAGCUUGCCCACGAGGUUAGCAUCCUGGAAGAAAAAACUCGACAAAAAGAGCUGGCGAAGGCGUCGGGCUUGGCACUCUCAUCAAAGCCACAGGUCACUCUGUUCAAUGGACGACACAUGGGGGACAGGCUUUCUCCGGUGUUCGCCGCUCAGAAUUGCUUCAAUCAACAAGACAUAGCUGAAGUCAACGGCCGCGUGGAAUGGCCAUCGCUAGCUGAGCUAAAAGAAGAAGGCGACAGGCGUACUAGAUAUGGCCGAUACCUCCCGCUUCCUCGGGUCAACGUCGUUGCUUUCAACAUCCCGGAGGGAGAGCAGGAACACGCCUACAAAGCAGACGGAACCAUCUUACGACUCGGACGAAUUGCCGCAACUCGAGAUCGCCGAUCUGAACGGGUUUAUGAGAGACUUUGUAUUGGAUAUUCAGAAGCAUGGGUCAUGAAGAAAGAGGGCAUCAGCAAGGACGAUACCAGCGCUGACAUCCACCACCUUCCGCGUCGAGUGCCAUCAAGUCGCGACCAUCGUGCACUAGAACUUGAGUACCCAUUUAGCGAGAGACGCGCAGUCACGUGCAUCCCACCACACACGCACACACAAAUUUUUCGCGCGGAAAAAAGCACUCCCGAAGAAGCCCUGAGGCGAGUCCUCCACUCUUUCAAGCUCGACAAAAGUUUCAUUCCUCCCACAACCGACAAGUCGAUUGCCCUGGUGAGCACCAUUAUCAUCAGUAUAGAACUCGCAAUCAUGGGUAUCUCUCGUGACUCUCGCCACAAGCGCUCCGCCUCCGGUGCCAAGCGCGCCUACUACCGGAAGAAGCGCGCUUUCGAGGCUGGCCGCCAGGGUGCCAACACCAAGAUCGGCGCCAAGCGAAUCCACACCGUCCGCACUCGUGGUGGUAACCACAAGUACCGUGCCCUGCGUCUCGACUCCGGCAACUUUGCCUGGGCCUCCGAGGGCUGCACCCGCAAGACCCGUGUCAUUGCCGUCGCCUACCACCCUUCCAACAACGAGCUGGUCCGAACCAACACCCUGACCCGUAGCGCCAUCGUCCAGAUCGACGCUGCCCCCUUCCGACAGUGGUACGAGUCCCACUACGGCCAGUCCAUCGGCCGUAGACGCCAGAAGGCCCAGGCCGCCAAGGAGGGCAAGGAGGUCGAGGAGGUCAAGAAGAGCAAGUCCGUCGAGAAGAAGCAGGCUGCUCGCUACGCCGCCAACGGCAAGGUCGAGUCCGCUGUUGAGAAGCAGUUCGAGGCCGGUCGUCUGUACGCCGUUGUCACCAGCCGUCCCGGCCAGUCCGGCCGCUGUGACGGUUACGUCCUGGAGGGUGAGGAGCUGGCUUUCUACCAGAAGAAGCUGCACAAAUAA